AUGCACCCAAAUGUUCGACGAGCCCGAGAGGAUAUCGACAGAGUUAAUCGACUCGAUAACCUCACCGAAUUACCUCAAAAGCAGCCCACUCAGUUGUUGGACGAAUCGAAAGAUGAGCUCCUGGGGAAGCCAGUUGAGACAACGAAGAAAUCCGUCUCAUCGAUGUUCAGCCACAUCACCGAACGGGAGUCGAAUCUUUAC